AUGAUUAGUAUUGGUGCAGCUGGUCAUGUUAUUCCAAUGUUUGAAUUAGCCAAAGCUAUGAAACAUCACAAUGUAACAUUUAUUACCGAAUCCGUUGCUCAAAACUAUAUCGACUUCGGUUCCUAUCGAAAUUCGUUGUCACUGCGUGUUAUCUUCACGAAUGAGUCGAUUGAUGCUCUAGCUGACGAAACCAAAAUAGAGAAUGAUCUCGUAGAAUAUUUUACUAAUCAUUCACUCGUGGAUAGCCUUGCUAUUUUAAUACCGACUCUGGCUCGAAGUAUUGACGCAAUAUUGAACAAAACAAUUCAAACUUUAAUGAUUGAACAAUAUGAUGUGAUUAUCGCUGAAUCUUUCAUCAAAGGUGUUCAUGCUCUCAGUAAUGAUACAAAUAUACCAUGUGUAAUUCAAACUGCUGGAGUCAAGUUGGAUCAGUUCUACAUCAAUCUACCGGACAGAAAUUCAUUUUUAUCAUCAAAACAAAUGUCUCAACUUAAAUAUAGAAUUUAUAAUGUUGCAUAUCAUCUGCGUUUAAUGGGAUCAAUCGGGAUCAAAUUACUACCGCUAAUUUCCACAAUUUUUCGAUCGCCACCGAAAAUACCCGGUCCAUUUUACAACACGUUUACCUUGAAAAAUAUUUUUUUUACAACAACUAAAUGUUUACAUUUGCAUAGUAUUCCACCCACACUCUUUCCAUUAUCUGAAUCAAAUCCCUACUCAAUAUAUCUUGGUCCUUUUAUUGAUGAAUCAUCAAUUCAUCAUGCGACGAAUGAUCUGGUCGGAUGGGUUCAAUGCAAACCAAAACAUUCCAUAAUUUAUGUAGCUUUUGGUAGUAGUGCACAAAUUCGAAGCAAUCAAAUGAAAAGUUUAAUUGACGGUGUGAUGGAAUUCCUUUUACACACUCCCACUGCUUGA